UACGUGUUACGUAGCCAGCAGUCGGUUAUCUCCAACUAGUUUUUCCGUUUCGCUCUCUUCUGUUGUGUGGUGUUCUGUUUUGGUUUGCCAUUCGUGUGCCUUGUUCUUGCCUGUGUGUGCUUUUUGUUGCCUUAUUUGUUGCAAUGACUUCGUUGACAUUGUUUUGCUUUCUGCGUCGUUCUGCGGUCACUGGCGACGCCGCGUACGCCUACGCCAAUCGGCGGUGCGUUCAAACGCUUCAACGGCGCCCCUCCUGUAGGCGGCAUGCAACAGCAGCAGCAACAGCAACAGCGGCAGCAGCCCCAAAUGCACAUGCAAAUUCAGGCGACUUUGCUCCGCUGUUCCGAGUUUCUACCAGAAACAUGGCGUCUUCUGCUCCCAAACUGGUGGCCGUUGCCGAGUCCCGGCGCUUCAUGAUCGACUGCUUCAAGGCGGUGAAGGUGCCCCAGGCCCAUGCCGAGGCCCAGGCCGAUCUCCUUGUGGCGGCCGAUCAUCGUGGACACUUCAGUCACGGCAUGAACCGCCUGGAGAUGUACAUCAAUGAUCUGGCCAUCAACUCCACGGACGGAGGCGCAGAGCCAAAGAUUCUCAAGGAGACGCCGGCCACCGCCUGGGUGGAUGGACUCAAUGGUCUGGGCGCUGUCGUGGGCAACUACUGCAUGGACCUGGCCAUCAAGAAGGCCAAAACUGUGGGCGUUGGCUGGGUGUGUGCCAAGGGAUCGAACCACUACGGCAUGGCCGGCUGGUAUGCCAUUCGAGCUAUGGAACAGGGCCUCGUCGGCAUGUCCAUGACAAACACCUCACCGCUGAUGGCCCCCACACGUGCCAAGGAGGCUGCUCUGGGCACCAAUCCCCUCUCCCUGGGCGCACCCGCCACGAACGGUGACAAGUUCCUGCUGGACAUGGCCACCACAGCCGUUGCUGUGGGCAAGAUUGAGAUCCAGCGCCGUAAGGGUGCCGCUCUGCCCGACGGUUGGGCCCAGGACCCCAAUGGCAACAUCACAAACGACGCCGAAUUGGGCUUCAGCACCGGCUGCCUGAUGCCUCUGGGUGGUUCGGAGUUGACCUCCGGCUACAAGGGCUUCGGUCUGGGUGCCAUGGUGGACAUCCUUUCGGGCGUCAUGUCCGGUGCUCAUUACUCCACUCAGGUGCGUAAGUGGACGCACGCUGGUGCCGAUUCGGCGGCAGAUCUUGGCCAGGUCUUCAUUGCCGUUGAUCCCAACUGUUUUGCGCCCAACUUUGAGGAGCGCAUGACCGAUUUUAAUGCUCGUCUCAGGGGCGUAGAGCCGACUGAUCCCAGCAAGCCUGUUCUGCUGGCUGGCGACAAGGAGAGCCAGAACAUGGCAUCCGUUGACGCUGCCGGCGGCAUUCAGUAUCUGGAGAACCAGCUGAAGACCUGCGCCUCCUUGGCGGAAAAGUUAAACAUCACUCCGCUGGCCUUCAACUAGAGACGGAGAGGCCAAGCCUCUGUGUCAUUCGAUUGCCAUUGCAUGCUGGAGCAGCUUCUGCAUUUUGCCUGACCAAAGCACAGCGUUAUUUGGUGCCUAAGUUUUGACCACAUAUCCGAUCCGUUUGGUGUUCUAGUUCUUAUGCAACAAUUUGUCUUGCAAUAUUAUGAUAUUAAUUACGAGUAAUAAAUGAUAGAAUACAGCUUUAA